AUGAAGGCAAUUGUUCAGAGUAAAAAUGUUAUCUAUUACAUGAAACAAUUCUUUCUGCUUCACAUUUUUAUACAUUUCAUUACUAUAUCAUCAAGUAUACAUGGACGAAUACCAAGGCUUCAGGUGUAUUCAACAGAGUUUAGUAUUGAUGAAAAUUGUAAAAUCGGUACAGAAAUUGGUACAAUAAAUUCAAUCGUACUACCGAACUCUAUGUCUUCAUCAAUAACACAUUCGUCUUCAAAUGAAUUCGGACAAAUUAUAGCGUUAAACUACAAACUGGGUUCACCUUCAACAUUGUUUAGUGUGGAUGAACGUAAAGGUAUAUUGGUUACUAAAGCUGAUAUAGAUGCAGAAGCGUUAUGCUCCUACGUGACGACCCUCAGUCCUGAUCAUACAAAUAACAAUGAUGAAGCAGAUUUGAUGUCGGAACCUGGUAAAUCUAAGAAUAAUCGUAGUAAAACUAUACCAGUAGUGGAUCAAAUCAAAUGUAAUAGCUCUGGUGAUUUAACGGUACAUUUUGAUGUUAAUGCUGUACAAAUUGAUGGAAGUCUUCGAGCAGUUCAUCAUAUCAUUGUUCGUAUACAUGAUCUUAAUGACAAUGGACCAAAGUUUGAUCAAAUUAGAUGGCAUAAACGUUUAAAAGAGGCACUUUAUCGAGCCGGUAGGAGAAUUGAUCUACCAAAAGCUAGAGAUAUUGAUAUACUUGCUGAACAUAGUAGAAUAAAUUAUCGACUUGAAUCAUGGCAUAAUGAUGGAUCCAGUUCAAUUAUUCCUUUCAAAAGUCCUUUUAAACUGGAAGUAAGUAAUUCAGGUCAACCUGGCUUAAUAUUGACCGAAGAUUUGGAUGCAGAAAUGGAAACGAGACAUAGGUUUGUCUUAGUUGCUUACAGUCCGAAUGUUAUUGAUUCAAAGAACGCAUUGAAUGGUCAAACAAUCUCACGUGAAUCUCGUCUGGAAAUUGAUAUUGAAGUAGCAGAUAUGAAUGAUAACGAACCCAGAUUCUCAUUUACUGUAUAUAAUAUCAGUGUAGCUGAAAAUACAUCAGUUGGGACUGUCAUUUAUGAACUUGUGGCUCAUGAUCCAGAUAGUACAUCUAAACUUACAUAUACAAUGGCUUCUUCAUUAGAAUAUCAAGUGAUGUCAAGUACAUUUCAUAUUGAAGCUGAUGGACAUGUUAGACUACACAGUGGUUUAGAUUAUGAAUUACGUCAUAUUUAUUCAAUUCCAGUUGAGGUUACUGAUGGAGAAUUCUCUGCUCGUACUACAUUGAAUGUUCAAGUAUUAGAUGUUAAUGAUGAACCACCAGCAUUUGAAUUAAAUCCUAAACAAUUAAUCGCUGAUGAAAAUUCUCCACCUGGAAAAUUAAUUGGACGAGUGCGAAUACGUGAUCCUGACAGUCCUAGUGUAAAUGGACUUGUUGAAUGUUCAGAGCCACCAGGAUUGAUUCGUCGUCAGGCACUUCAUUUUUUACCUGAUCCAACUGUUAAUCCAAGUGCAGAAGUUUACGAUCUAACUACCAGAAUCAUGCUUGAUAGAGAAGAUCCUGAGAAUCCUAUACCCGGUCACCUAAUCAUAUAUUUAAUUUGUUCAGAUGGUGCUUUAAGCUCUGGUGGAAUGAUAUCACAUAACUCUGAUAGUAAAAUACGUUUGACAUCAACAAUGACAGCAACUUUAUCCAUACGAGACGUAAAUGACCACAAACCAAUUUUUGAAAAUUCAUUUAUCAUAUUACAAAUUAGAGCUCAUGAUUCAGACGACGGAGAAAAUGCUAGAAUCACGUAUUCUCUGUUGGAUAGAGCUAACUUCAAAGUAGAUUCUUUAACAGGUUGGAUUACUCCAAAUGUAAUAUUUGAUCGUGAAAUACGUGAUUCAUAUCAAGUCACAGCGAUUGCAUUGGAUAAUGGAAAACCUCGUUUAUCGUCGUCUGUUUUAAUCAAUAUAACUGUCUUGGAUGUCAACGACCACAGUCCAGUCUUGGCGUCAUAUGAAGCCGAUGAGUCUCUUUUAAAAACCAAUGAUCUACCUAUAGGACGUUUUGGUUUGAAAACUUAUUUAUUGUGA